AUGAGCAAUACAGACUUCCUCGGCCGUGCUAUAGACACUGUCAGAAAAGCGAUCGAACACGACAAUGCGGGGGAAUACGAGCAGGCAUACCAAACAUACUAUUCUGCGCUCGAACUGUUUAUGCUUGCUUUAAAAUGGGAGAAGAAUCCCAAAUCAAAAGAGAUGAUCCGCGCAAAAACGGGGGAAUAUAUGGAGAGAGCUGAGAAGUUGAAGAAUCAUUUAGCGGGCGCCGAUAAUAAGAAAAAGCCGAGCGCGGUGGGCGCAAAUGGAAAAGUUGCGCAUGGUAGUGGAAAGGGGAAAGAUGAUGACGAUGAUGACGCCGAAACGAAGAAACUACGAGGUGCGCUUGCGGGCGCCAUAUUGUCAGAAACCCCAAAUGUGAAAUGGGACGAUGUUGCAGGAUUAGAUGCCGCUAAGGAAGCUUUAAAAGAGGCCGUCAUAUUGCCUAUUAAAUUUCCAAAUCUCUUCACUGGACGACGUCAGCCUUGGAAGGGAAUAUUACUGUAUGGCCCACCCGGAACUGGCAAAUCAUAUCUUGCAAAAGCUGUUGCAACAGAGGCAAAUAGUACCUUCUUCAGUGUGAGCAGCAGUGAUCUUGUUUCAAAAUGGAUGGGUGAAAGUGAAAGGCUCGUAAAACAGCUUUUCAACAUGGCCAGAGAAAACAGACCAGCAAUCAUUUUCAUUGACGAAAUUGAUGCUCUUUGUGGCACCCGUGGAGAAGGCGAAUCUGAAGCGUCUCGUCGUAUAAAAACGGAAUUGCUCAUUCAAAUGGAUGGCGUCGGAAACGAUACGAAGGGUGUCUUAAUACUUGGUGCUACAAAUAUACCUUGGCAACUGGAUAUGGCCAUUCGAAGAAGGUUUCAACGGCGCGUACACAUUAGUUUACCAGAUACGGCCGCGAGGAUGAAGAUGUUCAUGCUAAAUGUUGGGUCUACCCCAUGCGAGGUGACACAAGCAGGCUAUCGAACGCUAGCCGACAUGACGGAAGGAUACUCUGGAAGUGAUAUUAGCAUUGCUGUACAGGAUGCACUGAUGCAACCAGUUAGAAAGAUCCAGUCGGCGACACAUUACAAAAAGGUACUUGUGGAUGACCAGGAGAAGCUUACUCCCUGCUCUCCCGGUGAUAAUGGUGCCGUUGAGAUGUCCUGGGUAGACGUUGACGGUGACAAACUUCUUGAACCCCCUCUGACACUGAAAGAUUUCGUUAAAGCCAUCAGAUCCUCCAGACCUACCGUUAGCGAGGAAGAUCUUGCAAAGAACGAUGAAUGGACUAAGAAGUUUGGCAGCGAGGGUGCUUAA